AUGGCUCCACUUAAGGUCCACAAACCGACCGCCGUCAUCUUCGACCUGGUGGCCACCGCCACCAAGUCCUUCUUCAUCGACCAGAUCCUCUUCCCGUACAUCAAGAAGCACGCUAAGCAGUACCUGGUGGACAACUGGAAGAACGAGGUAGUCCAGCACGACGUCACUCUACUUCGAAAAUCCUCCAAGAAAGACGACUCGGCGCCCAAGGUGGCCGAACCGGAUGAGGAGCCCUCGAAGGUCCAGGANGCCACCGCCACCAAGUCCUUCUUCAUCGACCAGAUCCUCUUCCCGUACAUAAAGAAACACGCCAAGCAAUACUUGGUGGACAACUGGAAGAACGAGGUAGUCCAGCACGACGUCACUCUACUUCGAAAAUCCUCCAAGAAGGAUGACUCGGCGCCCAAAGUCGCCGAACCGGAUGAGGAACCUUCCAAGGUCCAGGAGAGCGUCUACCAGUACGUGAUGCACUGCAUCGACCACAAGAAGGACAACGAGGGCAUGACGCUCUUCCGCUUCCACGUCAUCUUCGACGGCUACGCGAAGAACCGCCUGGAGACGCCGCUCUACACCGACGUGGCCGUGCAGAUGCACCACUGGGUGGCGGAGGACAAGGUGAAGCUGUACCUCUUCAGCAACGGCUGGAAGGAGGCCACCAAGCGCUACCUGGAGAAGACCAGCAAGGGCGACGUGAAUCUCCUCAUCACCGACAUCUUUGACGCCGCCGACGAGGGUCCCCUAACCGAUUCGAACACCUUCAAGAAGAUCGCCCACAAGAUCAAGCUCCCGCCCGAUGAGGUGCUCUUCCUCACCCACAGCGGAAAGGAGGGCCUGGCGGCGAAGAAGGCGGGCGUGGGCGCCAUUCUGGUCAAAACACACCGCCGAGACGUGUUCAAGCUGUCGGCGGAGGAGAAGAAGGCGCUGCCCUACGUCCGCUCCUUCAAUGAGAUUGUCUUUACGAGCAGUGCUCCAAAGGCGCACAAGCUCAACGGCAGCUCGGUGGCCGAGGAGGAGAAGGAGGAGAAGGAGAAAGAGAAGAGCAAGAAGACUCUAAGUAGUUCGGGUCUGAAGAAGAGCACCUCGGGCACCUCGCUCAAGAAGAAAAAGAGCUCAAAGAGCUCGCUGUCGAAAAAGAAGAGCCACUCGAGCUUGGGUCCUAGCUCGAGUGGCUCCAGCAGUAGCAGCGGCGGAGGCCUAACUGGAGCCACCAUUGAGGUUAGAAUAAUCAAGCUGGAUCAUAUCGGCGUCGGUGGUGGUCCAAAGACUGCGUCCCAAAGCAAAAGUAAUGACCACAUCAAGAGCAGCAGCAAUGGUUCAGCUGCCCCGUCAAAAUCGGCCUCAAAGCUGAGCAACAAAUCGCACAAGUCUGUUAGUGGCAAAAGUGGAAGUGCCACUCACUCGAUGCUCGGUCCCGCCGCCACCGGGGGCUCAAAGACUUCGCUGACUUCGAAGACACCUUCAGCUACUUCAAAGGCACCUUCAGCUUCCUCCAAGGCUCCCUCCAAGACGUCACCUGACCUUGGUGGCGGCGGUGGAUCAAAAACUUCGCUUGGGGGCGCCUCCAAGGUCGCCUCUAAAGCUUUGUCGCCCGAUGCGGCUGAUGGCAAAUCGGGUGCCAAAUCUUCGGCCGCUCCCAAAUCGUCCAAGCUGCCCUCAGCUUCGGCUUUGGCUUCUGCUGGCCAUUCCAAAACUAAAUAG